AUGACAAUGGACAGAGAGAAGGAGAGAGAGAUUGAGCUGGAGAGUGCAAUGUACACAAAUUGCUUGCUGCUAGGUUUGGAUCCCACCAUUAUCGGAGUCGGGUCGAACAACGGUGCACCUCGGGUGGGGCUUUUCCGGCACUCCAACCCCAAAUUGGGAGAACAGCUUCUAUACUUCAUCUUGUCAUCUCUCCGCGGCCCAGACUUUGAUAAGGUGUGGCCCAUUUUCGAUUCAGCUCAGUCUAGGGAUUUUCGGAAGGUGGUGCAAGGUAUUAUUAGUGAACUGGAAUCACAAGGGGCACUGCCUAGAAGUAAUUCAAGGGUUUCGUCCCUUGCAACUUGCUGCGGUGCGAGGUUUAUCGAACUAUUAUGGCAACUUUCCCUGCAUGCUCUGAGGGAAGUGCAUAGGCGAACAUUUGCGGCUGAUGUAGCAUCAAAUCCGCUGCCUACUCCAUUAACCGAUGUUGCUUUUUCACAUGCAGCUACACUACUUCCUGUAACCAAGGCUAGAAUAGCUCUUGAAAGAAGAAGAUUUCUGAAAAAUGCAGAGACUGCAGUUCAAAGACAGGCAAUAUGGUCUGAUUUGGCUCAUGAAAUGACGGCAGAAUUUCGUGGUCUAUGUGCUGAAGAGGCGUAUCUCCAGCAAGAGCUUGAAAAACUACACGAUUUGAGAAACAAAGUGAAACUGGAGGGCGAGCUCUGGGAUGAGCUUGUAUCUAGCUCAAGCCAGAAUUCACACAUAGUUCAAAGAGCAACUCGAAUGUGGGACUCAUUGUUAUCUCGCAAGAGUCAGCAUGAGGUCCUUGCUUCAGGCCCAAUUGAGGAUCUUAUAGCUCAUCGUGAGCAUAGGUAUCGGAUCUCUGGGUCGUCUUUGCUAGCAGCAAUGGAUCAGAGUUCUUUAGUUUCUAGUGAUAUGUCUAUGCAUUUGGAUAAUGAGGAAAAGGAGAGUUCACAAGAUGAUCUUAACAAAGAGAACAAAAGUAAGUCAGAAUUUUUGCCUAUUAAUGGGGAUGAAGAAAAAUUUUCUCGACUUGAUGAGAGAAGUACGAGAGGGCAACCUACUGUUGAUAUUGCUGAAAUCUUGAGACGUUGGACCCAUGCGUUGCAGCGCGUUCAUAAGCAAUCACUUCAACUGGCGAAAGUCAAUGAUGGAGAAGGUCCAGAGCUUCUACGGAGUGUGCACGAUGGUAGUACUAGCAGUCAUGCUGAAUCAUUGGCGGCAACACUGGCUGAACAUAGGCAGCACCUAGACAGCAUACAAGUAAAUCUUGUAUUAAUGAUCACUAGUAUAAUACCCGUGUACUACACGGGGUAUUUGCAGGUGCUAAUUAAUCAGCUAAAGGUUGUUGGUCCAACCAUACAAAAUUCAAUAACAGAACUUAUGGAGGAAGUCGAUAGCAUAUCAUCCAAUCUACAUCCUGUUAUGAAGGUUAGAUCAAGCUCAAUGGCCCAGGCGCAGAGCAAUGGGAGGACGUUGCUUGAAACGGUGACAGCUAGCCCCCCUACUUUGAAACUGCCGCCAUUAUUCAGUUCGACACAAAGUUCUUCUGGAAAAGGUGGGAAUACACAAAAGCGUCAUAUUGUUGCCGAAACAAAUCCCACAGAUACCGUGACCGAAAAAAAGUUUGUAGAUCAGUCUUCAUCUAAGCUUCUCGUUGAUAACUCAACACACGAUGAGGAUUUUCUUUUUCUGCAAAACCUGAAGAGAUCAGUUAGGGAAGCUGCUCUUUCUUCUCAAUCAUGCAACAUGGAAUCGUCACUAGACAGUAAUCCUAAUGAGUACUCUGAGCACUUCUUUGUACCACUGUCUGGGACUGGGGUUUCCCGCUAUGGCCAAGAUAAGAAACAUAUUUCUUUAAAGAGUAGACAGUUAUUCACAUCUCAAGUAGAUUCUUCCUUGCUUCAGACCCAUGCUAAAGACAAUGAUCUUGGGAGCAAGCAAGCAGUGACAGUCAUGUUGAGUGACUUGGAGUCCCUUAAUGAUUUUGACAGUGUGAAUGUUUUCCUUCCUGCUACUGGUUCAAAUUUGUUAGCUUCUGAAGCUUGUAGGUCAUUUUAUGCUGUGGAUGAAGUUCAGGAUCAAGUGUUCUCACCUCCUUUAUUAAUGGAUGCAACCCUCUUCGGAGAUUCUUACGAGGAUUUGCUUGUUUUCUGUGGAACACUUGAAGCAAUAGUGCUUAUUAGUUUCUGCCGAACGCCCUUAUCAGACACUGAAACAGCUUUGAUGAAGUAUUGACAAUGAAACAUUACAGGCUUGCCGCAAUAGUUUCAAGAGAGUAAUUUCUAGUGGAAUUCCUUCUGGUUAUUAUUGUUCAACUUGGAGAGUACGCAUAUGUUACACAAUCUAUUUUGUCAACUCUUGUGUUGCAUAUAUGUGCUUUUUUCUACUGAAGGAAUGCUGAUUUGGUUUGGUCCGUGCUGGGAUGUGACCAUAUUUACGUGGUGCUGGAAUGUGAUAUGCAGAAAUUGUUGCCAUGAUAUAGUGUUAUCUCCAGUGUGAAAGAUACAAGGUUACUAAUUGAUCGACUGUGGGAAUGGUCGACUUUCCAUGAGCCAUGUUUUUAUUUAGUGUAUAGAUUCAUGAUGACCCAAUUCAUUAGGUAGACUACUGUAUAAUAAUAACGCUGGAUGGGUUAUUCAAUGAGUCGAUGAUUGGUGUUCAUUGCUUUGAAAUUUGUCUACAUUUUCCAGCGCACAUAUUUGAUUGUUUGAUAUUUUGUAAUCAAGAUUGUAUCCUAUGGUUUUGGUGUAUUUGACAUUGAUAAUGCUUGCAGUUGUGGUACUGUAUUUAUCGCAUGAUGCAAAAUUAAAUUGGUUUGAAACCAAUUUGGAAGCAUUGUUGAGAAAAUUGCUGGAGGAGCUUAUGUUUUUAUGUUAUGCUUUAGAAAGAAGGAAGUUGUUUAUAGACAUUGAGACAUUGAUUGGAAGCUACUUCCUUCUCCUUUUUCAGUUUGACGGAUCUUGUAACUAUAAUGAUUGGUGGUUUACUUAUGUAUUCCUGUGGAAUAGUUUAUUAUAUUAUUCAUUUUUUUUGUAUAAAAAUUGUACUUGCCACAUUUAAAUGGAAGUGGUGUAUAUUUACUUCUGUGCUCACAUUGUAUGAUCUGUAAAUUUCG